AUGUGGUCUCCUUCGGAUGAGAAUAGUGUUUGCUUGAACACCGAUGGAGCUUUAUCCCAGUUAACCAAAACCGGCUCCGUUGGAGGCCUGCUUCGAAACUCCGCUGUGCUUGAAGUUGAGCUGUGGGCCAUUCUCGAGGCUCUCCAAGUACCUUGGCAACGUGAUGCUAAACGUGUUCUUGUUCAGACGGACAGCAGCGACACUCACGAUCUCCUUUCUCCUCCUUCUAUUGGUAGCCCUUUUGCUUUGGUUCGAUUAAUAGAGACCCUCUAUGACAAGCCUUGGUCAGUUGUUUUCAUAAAGAUCUACUGCGAAGCUAAUUCAGCGGCAGAUUACAUUGCCAAAAUGGACACCCCACAGGAUGGUUCUGUUUUUAUCUUUGAUUUUUUUUCUGCCACCUUUACUUGCUAUUUUUCAUAG